AUGACUGCUGUGGAGGAGUUGCAGGAUACGACUAGUGGUUUUGGGUGGCCAGCUUCACUUAAAGUUUACAGACGUGGAGAACAUGUAUUUUUUGAGGUUCAAGCUGUUGUUGAGUUACUUGGAGUUGAAAAGCAAGUCAGGAAACAUGGCUUUAAAUUCAUUGACAAGUUUCUUCGUGAAAAUGGUCAGUAUAGUAUUUGUAGUAAAACCUAUAUUAUUGCCGACUGGUGGUUUGAGGCCUGAUCUCUGCCAUCAUGUUUAUUGUCUCUCUUCCACCCACAAUACUUGUCUCCUUAGUUGGUGAUAUUUUCUGCCCCUUCAAUCUUAAUAUUAAAAGUCUUAAUAUUAAAAGUGUUGGUUUCCACAUUUUAUUACUGAGCGUCACAAUUGGCUACUGCCAUAGCUUUAGAUGUUAUAAAGUACAAAGCUGGAAAGCAGUUUACAUUUCACGACGAUGCCAAAUCUUACUUACUUUCAUUUUUGAACUGUCUUUUCUACACUAAUUCAAUUCAUCCAUUUUAGGUAGGUACUUUUUCGGUGUCCACGUCCGCUUAAUAGAGGUUUCCGCUUAAUAAGGGUUUCAUUUAAAGUAAAUAAGGGAAAUAAAUUUGGGGACUUCGGCUACUGUUUGCAUAAUAGAGGGUGUCCGCUUAAUACGAGUUUUCCUGAAGUUCAAUUUUUUAAUUAAAAUUAAUUUUUCUUCUCCUUCAAAAACUCUAAUAAAAUGCUUGUUUUUAAAUGACUGUUUUUAGGUCUCAAAGACAGCUUCAUCUUCAGUAAGAAUCAAAGGAACAGAGAACUCGUAAGUUAUGCUGCAUUUGUUAUGCUGAUUAUCAGAUAUCCUGCAGCAGAUGAUACCACAAAAGCACUGCGGAUGCUCAUCUUACAGCCAAUCCUACUGCCCCCACCAGCUGGUACUAUUAUUCAACCUCCUUCUACACCAGCCACAGUUCCACCUGCAACACCAGCCGCAGUUCAACCUCCUUCUACACCAGCCGCAGUUCAACCUCCUACGCCAGCCGCAGUUCAACCUCCUUCUACACCAGCAGCAGUUCAAUCUCCUUCUACACCAGCCGCAGUUCAACCUCCUUCUACACCAGCAGCAGUUCCACCUGCAACACCAGCCGUAGUUCAACCUCCUUCUACACCAGCAGCAGUUCCACCUGCAACACCAGCCGCAGUUCAACCUCCUUCUACACCAGCUUCAGUUCCGGCUAGCCAACUACUUCCAACCCCUGCUAGACCUCCUUUAACUUCAUUGAACCGUUAUCAAGGUACCAAAAAGUUGGUUGAAUUACAAAUGAAAAGAAGAAGUGAAGAAAACUGCGGGAGGAAAUUUGCUUCUAGACCACUUACCAAUCGAAUGAAAGAACAAAAUGGAAGACUCUUUGAGCUAGCAAGAGAAGUUCACCAUGGAAGCAAGGAAGACCUACUUGCGGGAAUUGCUAGUUCUGUCUCAAAUUCCAGUAACAAGCAGGAAAGCGAAAAUGAAUGGGAUGGACAGUUGACUGUCCAAGACAUAGUGGAACUCACAAAAAUGACUCAUGAUAAGAAGAAAGGAAAGUCAGUUUAUGAAAUGCUGACAGUUGAUGCUGCCGCUGAAAUUCACCGUAUCUCAAGCUUUCAGGUUUUAAAAAUGCAAGAUUCUAUUAGCCAAAAAGAGACUUUUAGAAAUUUAAGGAAACUUUUGCCUGGAUUCAUUGAGUCAGAGAGGCGUACAGACCAGUUAAGGUACAAAUGGCACAAAGAAUUUGAAGUUGUUCUAGAGCCGAGUAGAACUAAAACUGGUUGGCGGAUAAACCCAGAAAGAUUACGCAAAUGUGUCUCAUUUGCUUACCCGUGGCUUCAAAAUGUAGACACAGAAUGGUGGCGCUUAUAUGGCGAUGCACGUAACUUUGGUGGUCAAAAGUCAGUGCUUUUGUCCCUGUCCAUUCUCAACAAUGAGGCCAUGUUCAAUGACUGCAGUUUUCAGAGUCCUGAGGAGAACUGCUGGCCAAUCCACAUUUUCUAUGGCCCAGAUUCACGACUUAAUCUUGAAAUCAACACUGGUGGUGGGAAUGGCUAUCUUAACACAUGGAUUGAUAGCUUGGCGCAGGAAGGACACAAAACAUUCGUUGCCAGUGACAAUAUGUUUACAAAUGCUAUCCUUGGAGGUGGACUGGACCCAAAGAGCAAUGACAACUUCAGCAUCUAUGCCUUUGAGACUACUUCAACUCGCUCAGCUGUUGGUGAGAACUCUGGUUUAAGGUCCGAACUAAAGCGCCAAAUUGAACGGGAGCAUCCUGAGUCUCUACUUCCUGCAGUGCCAACAAAUCAUUUCAUCCCUUGUGCAAAUCAUAUGUUUGUCCGCAUCACAGAACAUUUGUUGUCUUUACGGGUUAUGUCAUGUCUCAAUGAGGGAGUGGUUAACAACGAGAAAAGUGGAACUUUGACCAAACUUCUGUCAAACAUAAACACCCGAGGGGUGCGUGGUGGCAACUUUCAACUCAAGUUUGAUGGGCCAAAGUUAGAACCAAUAUCUUUGAAUGUUUCACAUGCUGAAACCAUCUCUGCUCCACCUGAAGCUUUCAGCAGUACGUUUCCUCACAUUUUGGAUGGUGUUGCCGAAAAUGAACAGUUUCCUCGGACACUGUCUUCAGGCCUUCAAACUGCACUUGGUUGGCCAACAAAUACAAUCACAUAUUAUGACCUUGAAAAGAAAAUUUGGGAGACACACUGGAAAAUGCACGUCUUAUGCCGAAAGGAUCCCGAUCCAAGAAUGUGCGACACCUAUCUACUACCUGGUUCUUCUUCUGGUUCCAAAAUGGCAGCAGAUUAUCGAUUUGGCUUGCUGGAUUGUGAAAUUGAAGAAUACACACGUCUAGCUGAUUUGCAUCAUGGACUGAUGUUAUUACGGUAUGGACGUUCACGCUUGUAUCCUUACUUAAUGACACGAGUAAACAUUGUCCCUCUCCUUCUAAAGGAACUUCCUUUCCACUCCCUGUUUCGUGGAAGUACUGAGGGUGGCGAGCACUGUCACUAUCUUCACCAGUGUAUUUAUUAUGCCCAUUCAUCUCGUGGUGGUGGUUGGCGUAAAGAAGAACCUAUCUUGGCGUUGUUCAAGUGGACCUUCAGACGGCUUAGAGAAAAGAUUGAGCAAGCAGGUCAGACUGGAGAAUUCUUAAAGUUUGUGCAAAGCUGCUUCACUGACAUUGGAAGAGACUACACCAAAGAAUUUGAUAACAACAACAGCACCCCAGAAACCAUUGCACAGCCCAACAGCACCCUAGCAAGCAAUGCACAGCCUGACAGCACCCUUCCAACCAAUACCCAGCCAAACAGCAGCCCAGUAACCGACGAACAGCCCAGCAGCACCCUAGCAACCAUUACACAGCCUAACAGCACACCAGCAACCAUUACAGAGCCAAACAGCACCCCAGUGUCCAAUACUGAUGCUGACUAUAGACGUGGAAAGACUGUGUAUUUCUCAACUCACCGGGGUGGGCAAGUCAACAAGGGAAUGGUUAUUAACUUGACACCAAGGAAAAAACAUAUCAAAGUUGCAACUAGUUCAAAAGAAAGGCCAAUGGAUGUUGCUCUUGACCAACUUAAAGAGCCACCACUACAGCCACUGAAAAACCAUAGAUUCAUUAUAUCAGGAAACAUAGCUGAACGUGGUGAAAAGGAAAAGGUGAACACAGAAAAACUGGCUGAAAUUAUCAACAACUUGGGUGGCAUCGUUUUCUCUGGGGAUGUUGAGAAAGCAGCAGAUGCAUCGCUGAUAAUUAUUACUUCACAAAAGGAGAUCAAUAAGCCAACACAAAAACUGAACAAGACUUUGGUUAUGGCCUAUCGCUUAGGAUGGAAAAUCAUUUCGAAGAAACUGAUUCUUGAGGCAAGGAAUACAAACACUCUUCCCUCAAUUUCUCACUAUGAACUAGAUUUAACAAGCAUAAGGAAUGCACCAGCCAGCAAUGUGGUUCACGCAAAGGUCUUCACAAAAUCUUCAAUGAUUAAUAAUCACCAAGUUGUGGGAGGCCACCGGGAACUGAAAAAGAAAUUGCGCGAGUCUUCAAAAAGGAAAAAUUCAGAAAAUGAAAUGCCACAAAAGAGCUUUCCAAAGAAGCCAUGCACUGCAUAUGUCAUGUUUUCAAAACAAAUGUGGAAAAGUAUAAUUACGGAAAAUCCUCACUUCACAAUGCAUGAAGUUAAUUCAGUUGUUUCUGAGAUGUGGAAGCAAGUGGGGAAUGAGGACCGGAGUGCAUACCGACAGAAAGCUUUGGAAAACUAUGAACGUCGUCUGGAGCAUUACAAUUCUGCAAACAGGCAACCUUAA